UAGAACUCUGGAUGUAGACAAGGACUGCUCGCCGUAUUCGGUGCUGGGCUCCCGUUGCGAAUUCUGCAUUGCGAUUAAAGCAAGAGAACAAUGAGACGAACUCGCAUCUCGACUGGUAAAUCGUAAUAGGCCUUGCUCUGCCUAAAUGAACAAAUUCUGCUCUUAAAAUGUUCCAUAAAUUGUGGUUUUGCACAUUGUUUUCAGCUCAUGUUCAAUCAUUUUCGACAUUUAAUGGAAAAUAUUUAUCUGGUCAUUCCUUCCUGACCCUGGAAAACAUGGGGAUGCGGAUGUGUGCGCGGGACUGUGAAGCUUACGGUGGGGGCUGUAAGUCCGUGAACUUUGACCGUGACCACUUCGUCUGUGAAUUGAACUCAAAGAAUGCGACAGACAAUCCAAAUGAUCUGGUAGAUAAAUCGUCUAGUGUCCAUAUUCAAGUUAACCAGUCCUCCAUCACUGGUACUUGUGGCUCCAAGACGUGUUCUACCUGGGAUAAAUGUAUCGUCACACACUCUGGACCUGAAUGUCUUCUUAUGGGUUGUGACAUUCCUAAGAUUAAGAAUGCUGUCUUCAAUAGUGGUUUUCUUCCGUUCGGAAAGUCUCUGCAAUGUCAGACUGGAUAUCAAAGUUUGAUAACAUGGACAUGCGCAGACAAGAACAAGGACCCCACUGACUUCAAAUGCUAUAAGGUGUCUUCGGGAUGGGUGCUGAUUUACCGAAGUCAAGCGGGCGGAAAUGUCUCCGAUUAUCUGUCGUUCAUUUCCAAUGGUACCAGCGAUGAAACUAAUGAUGAUAUCAUCGACGAACAUUGUACCGCUACCACCAAGUCCGCUCUCUGCACCUCCAAGUACAGAACAUCGCUGAUUGACCAAUGGGAAUCGCUGGAUAUUUCACAAGUUCAACUUCAUUUAUACAAGAGUGGUACACAAGUGGCAGAGGUUGUUUUCAACGGGACAGGAAGCACGAACACGGACUGGUUCUCCAAAAACAGAGUUGUGUCGAGCACGUGGACAGAUGUGACACCAACGCAGACGUACAAUUACUUCUCAAUAGAAGGACACGUGCUUGAGAGUAACUAUUGGAGAAAUUUUCAAAUUUGGAACCAAUAUGGAGGUUGUCCCAAUGAUGUGUUUUGGAUGACAUCAUCAUUUGCUAAGCCUGGUUACGCCUGUCCUCAAGAACGGAAUAGUACAAUACAAUACUUUUAUUGUCCACAGACGACGAAGUGUAACUUUGAAAAUAAUUACGAGUUGGCUGACGUCAUGACCAUAUCCAUUCAGGUCCCAGGUGUAACUUAAUGGAGGCUUGCUGAGAAUACUGCAGCACGUAUCAUUCACAUAUUUCGUUUUCGGAAUUCUAAUCAAACCAUCGUGUUUGGUUAAUAUCGUUCGUCACUCGAUGCAAACUUCCGUUGCUUUCGAUAAGUUGUACAGGUAUCGAGGAGGUUUCGGGUCACUGGAUCUUUAAUACGGCAUGUAGACAUAAGCAGACGAUAGGGAGAAGUCUUUUUCCAACAUAGAAUGUGAAAGACUUAAAUACAAGAUAUUAGAUAAGUGGGGACAAGUGGUGUGGGCACAUGUCUCUGCCGAUAUUCUCUCUCAAAAGGAUUUUUGCACAAUUCGAAAGGAGAGUAUUGGAUAAAGUUUAAUUGAUGUCCCUAUAUAAUUACCUAAUAUACGUGUAGUACAUUUGAUUUUAAUUAUGCAAUACCAAAAUAUCGAUCGAUCGAUCGAUCGAUCAAUCGAGAGAGAACCAGUAUAAAGUAGCAGUCCAAGGUAAAUGUUUCAACAGGUUAAUUGUAAAGCUUACCAUAUUUCUUCUUUCUAUCUAUAUAUAUGUGAAUUGCUCACGUACCAACGAUUCAUCCCAAAGAUCAGUGAUUAUAGAUAAUAUCCACAAAUUGAAUGUUGUAUAAUUCACUACAUUUAUAGUGUAUACAAUUUGCAUUUAUAUAGUUUCUAUUGCGAUAUAUAUUGUAUAAUAAGUCUGUAUUUUGUUCCAAUUCAAUUUUUUUCGUGUUGUCGAUUUAUAAUAACCUUAUAUAUAUAUAUAUAUAUAUAUAUAUAUAUAUAUAUAUAUAUGUGUGUGUGUGUGUGUGUGUGUGUGUGUGUGUGAUAACUGCAAAUCCAUCGAUUCACGGCGUUCAAGAAAUACGCGCGAUUGAGGCCUUAAAUAUCGCUAUAAUAUUGUAUCGCUGUCUCAUCAAUCUAAUAUCAGUCAAUUCGAAUCCCGGUUCAUUUCAAUAUUUACACAAUAACGUCUAGAUGUGAACUAAUAACCCCACAAAUAUUUUUAGUCAAACCUUUAGAUAAAAUGUAUUGUUUUUUUUAUUUCUAUUAUAUAAUAUAUAUUAUUCGUGUUUAUAAUCAACGAAGAUCGAAUACAUAAAUUAUAAAGAAUAUCAUGAAUAGGUGAAUGUACCGAAAGGGUUCAAAUUGACUGGAUACCUAACAUGGCUACACCAACAAACGAAAUCGGAUUGAAGCUGUGAGUUUUUGGGUCGUAUGAGACUGUAAUGAAUACGGUAUGUUUGAACAAACAUAGUAGGAAAAUAUGUUAGUAAUUUUAUAUUUGAUUUAUGAGACGGCAAUACAAGAAUACAACUAUAUGAAGCCUUUGUCAUAUUGUAAUUUUUUAAUUUACUGGGUGGAUGUAUGGGUGUAAAUUCUUUGCAAUAUGACACCUCAAUCAUGCGCAUGGUUUGUGCGUGGUAAGUCGGAGAUUUUUAUAAAGCUCUCUGAUCUGUCUCAAUAUUUUCACAGAGAGCUACAGCGCUGCAGCUAUAGAUAUGAUAUACUAGAUGAAACCCCGCGCACGCGCGGGAAAUAAUGUAGUGUUGGGCAGAGGAAGGACUUUUUAUAUGCGUUUUUGAAUUGUUGUGCACAUGAAUUGAAUGAACGAUAUCUUUAAAUCAAAUAUAAUUUUUGAAUAAUUGCAUGCAUUAGUUAUGUUAUAUUUAUUGAUAUCAUGCACAGUAAAUUAAACUUGAUUAUUAGGAAGUCACUUGGAGCUCCAAAUUAAAGGUUACUUAUGCAACAAAGAUAAUCACAUAUAUUGUAAUUUCUCAUGUACAUCAUUAUGUGGAUUUUACCUUGUACAUUAAAGGAGAUAGAUUAUACAGGCGAUGCUUGCUGCCUAAAUCUUUAUGCAUAAUAAUUAUGUUAUAUAUAAUAAAAUACUGUUUAAAAAAUAUAAAUGAUCUCUCUCCAUAUUGAAAAUUACAUAAUGAUUUACAAAUGCAAUUGUAAUCCGUCAUGUCGAAUAAUUGACCAAAGACGAAGUGAACGGUCCUUCAUAAUUUCAAAACAUUCAAAAUUUGGAACUAAGUAUUGCGAAUGUAUUUAUAAUGGUUUGAUGUAAUGCAUUUUAUAUAGCAGAUGUUGAACUAAAAUCAAUUUCAAAAUCAUCUUAAAAAUAUAAAGUUUGAUUAACAGCAAGUUGAGGGGUUAUCUUUCAGAAAAUGUGUUGAGAAAAGUGUUAUAUAUUUUUUAAUGUUGUUUUCGCUAGGGGAUGGUGGUGGUGAAACCUUUCAGUCAUUGGUAGGGUUCAUAAAAUCAUUUCUGGCAACCAGUAAAAACUAAUAAAAUUUGAAGGGUUCAGUUAGAAUUACUCUCUUAAAAUAUUAAAAGCUGUGAAGGAGAAACUUCUAACUUACUGUGCGACUACAUAUGCCAAAAGUGUUGUUAAUCUAUGUUGAUUCUAAAACAUUCUAAAGAACUUUUAGCAAACUUGAAAUCGCAAAACUUUUCCCAAAUCAAUAACAUCAAAACUUUUGACUUUUCAACACUUUACACGACCAUUCCUCACGAUAAAUUAAAGACUAGACUUUUAACAUCAUAGACAGUUGCUUCUUCAACAAAAAAUGGAAAACGGAAAUAUUCAUAUCUAGCGAUCAAUCUUCCAAAAACUUACUUUGUUAUACACCACGCUGAUUCCACGCACAGGUACUCUGAAAUUGAAAUAAAAAAUAUGAUAGAGUUCCACAUUGACAUUAUCUUCGUGGUCUUUGGUGAUCAGGUUUUCCAAGAGUCUGUUAGAAUUCCCAUGGGCACAAAUUGUGCUCUUUUGUUACCUGACUUCUUUCUAUAUUCAUAUGAAGCAGAAUUUAUUCAAAAACUUCUACGUGAGAAGAGAAAAUCUCCUGCUGUGGCCUUCAAUUCGACAUCUAGAUAUAUUGACGACGUUUUGUCUAUCAAUAACAAUAACUUUCAUUCAUAUGUCGAUUCGAUAUAUCCCUGUGAGAUCGAAAUAAAGGACACUAUAGAGUCGUCCACUUCUGCUUCAUAUUUAGAUAUUUUAUUGGAAGUAGACAUUAAUGGCAAACUGACAAAUUAACUAUAUGACAAACGGGAUGAUUUAAGCUUCUCCAUUGUCAACUUCCCAUAUCUAUGUAACAAUAUUCCAUUAUCACCUUCAUAUGGUGUUUAUAUCUCUCAACUGAUUCAAUACACAAGAGCUUGUUCUGCGUAUGGUCAGAUUUUAAAUCGAGGCAACCUAUUGACAAACAAGUGGAUGGUGCAGGGGUUUCAACAGUCUCGAAUGAAGUCAGCCUUUCGAAAAUUCUAUGGUCGUCAAAUGCUGUCUGACGUGUUUCAUACCGAUUGUUAGGCUGUUUUUGGCACACUAAUUUUGACUACAGAUAACUCCGUUUAAAUGAUUAGGAUAUAGGGCUCACGGCGGGUGUGACCGGUCGAAAGGGGAUGAUUACUCAUCCUUAGCACCUGAUCUCACCUAUGGUGUGUCCAGGGAUCCGUGUCUGCCCAACUGUCUAUUUUAUAUUGCUUAUAGGAGUUAUGAGACUGAUCACUGUUCGUUAGCUUCACCUUUCUCUUCCUAAGUAUGUAUAAGGAUACAUUUUGGCCGUAAGUCAAUUUCUCAAAGCUUUCCUAAUUUAAGACUUCGCCAUAAAUUCGUUCUUGCAGGCUCUCAGUUAAGUAGACAAAAGUAUUCAACUGCAAACACAUCAUUUGCUAGAGAGAGAGAGAGAGAGAGAGAGAGAGAGAGAGGAGAACGUUAGAAUAUGUACUUUAAACAUAACUUUGCGUUAUGUAGUUGCGAUAUAUUUAUAUGAUUCAAUUAACAUCAUAUAAUAUUCUAUAAUGUCCAUUCAACCAGGGACCUCCGUGGCCGAGUGGUUAGAGCAACGCGCUCAUAAUUACAAGGCCUCUCACCUCUGGUCGGCGCAUAUAAUUUCUUAGUUUAUAACAUAACUAUAUUGGAUUUAUUGUAUCUAUGAUAAGAAUAUAUAGAUACAUAAAUAUUGUUUGUCUUUUUGUCAAGAAUAUCAUGUGUAUAAAUAAAUAAGAACGUUUCAAA